UUCUUAUCGAUAACAGCCAAGUGCAUUGUUUUCAGGACUUUUUUAAACAGGAUUUACACCUUGAAUAGAGUCUGCUACAGUUUCUAGCAGAUACCGGCCAUGUCAAACGAGCAGUGCUUUGUGCCCCGGCUGCCGGUGGACAGCGAGGCGAUCCACUUCCAUGGAUGGGACAUCAGCUACGAGAAGUCGCACAUCCUGAAGAGCAGCUGCAAGCUGGGCACCGCCGAGGUCUGUCCCAAGGACUCCGCCGACCGCUGCGACCUCUGCCACUACCAGUACUCCCUGGAGCUGCCCCACCUGCCCGACAUGGUGUUCCACAAGAACCGGCUGCUCCUCAAGCACAAGGACGGCGCCGUCCUCGAGUUCCGGCCCAUGGAGGCCCUGGCCCUGGUGGCCAACGGCAAGCAGCCCCUGGAGGUCGCCUGCGCCCAGGAGUGGCGGGAAACCCGCAACGAGCAGACAAUGGAGGAGAAGUUCAAGCCCUUCGACUGGACAUUCACGUCCACCUACCAGGGCACCAUGAACGAGAAGGUGCGCUCGGAGCCCACGGAUCAGACGCUCAACAAGUUCAAGCUGAUGCAGCGCGAGAACAUCAUCUUCUACCAUGAUCUCACUCUGUUCGAGGACGAGCUGCACGACCACGGCAUCUCCGUGAUGAGCGUGCGAAUCCGCGUGAUGCCCUCGGGUUUCUUCAUACUUUUGCGCCACUUUCUGCGCGUGGACGACGUGCUCAUCCGGAUGCACGACACCCGCUUUCACCACGAGAUCGAGAAUGACUUUAUAUUGAAGGAGUACAUCCACCGGGAGGCGCCCUGCUCCGAGCUACAGAAUUCCGUGGCCUUUUGGACCAAUCCCGAUGAAAUGCAGAACUUUUUGCCCGUCAAGACCAAGCAGAUGCACAAGCUCCUCUUCAAGUAGUCCAUUGAUUGAUCGAAAACAACGUAUUGGUUAGAACUGCUGCUAUGUGCGUUUAUUUAAUGCCACCACUGUGCGCAUGCGCAGACAUUAAAAGCGAUUUUCCUAAAAGGCACACUA